GACGGAAUCAAACUGGUCGCCCCAAACAUGGCCUAAGAGGAGAGCUCCGAGGCUCCAACACAUUUCGGUUGGUACAACCCGAAUACAAGAUGGAGCUCCAUAACUGCAGUCAUCCUGCCUCUUCUCUUUCACUCUCUUCAUGGAACCGUCGGAGAUAGAAUCCAUCAGUGCAGCAUCCGCAGAGGUUUCUCGUCAGUUCAAAACCUUAAUCAACGCUGAGGAUCUUGAAUCUCUCAAGCAAUUGCAGCAUCUCAUGUUUGGUAGGUUGCAGGAUAGCAAUGUUGUCUUAUCACACUUUAAUGAGUACUCAGAGCAUUGUUUUGCCGAGGUUUCCAAUGAUUUCUCAAGAAAUACACGUCUCUUAAAGUCUAUGAAAUCAGACUUAGACUACAUAUUUCAAAAGCUGAGGGGCAUGAAAGCAAAAGUUAUAGCAACCUAUCCAGAUGCAUUUCCAAAUAGUUCAGCAAGAGAAGUACUGGACCAAAGACCAGACUUGGGAAUGCCUCAGUAAUGCCAAUGCUAGAAGUUGCAAGAAUUUGAGCAUAACAUUCUGUGAUUACUCCUGUUUUUCGUGUAUCAAUUGUUCACGACAUAAUAUUUGUUUGUGGAGAUCUUCAUGGAAAAAUGAAUAGUUGAAAAGUGUAGACAUCAGUUAUUUUGUUGUGUUGGAAGAAGUGAAUAGUUGAAAAGUGUAGACAUCGUUAUUUUGUUGUGUUGGAGCUACACUUCUUCCCUUUUUCCUCUGAUUAUUUGCUUUGAGUUCAAACCAGAAAGAAAUUUCAAUUUCUUUUGUUAGUUGAAA